UAUUUGAUUGUAUUUUUCUUCACGAUGUUUUCGUUAUCACAGUGAUGUUUAAAAACAGUUUAUAGACAGCUUGUCUGAGAAUUCCAUACAAACAGUGGGUCUGACAUAACACCACCAGCUAGCAGAGGUGAAUUUUAUUACAGCACCCCCGUUGCAUUCUGGGAGAGUUGAUAGAGGCUGAGCAGUGGAGCUGAUCUUUUUUAGUAGGACGGCAAUUUCUGGCACCCGAGAUCUCAUGUCCAAAUAGGCUAGUCUUCCGAUAUCGGUAGUAAUGGCGAUGACACGGUUCGAAAAGUUCCUGGCCUCGCUGCUGCGCGGGGCGGUCGGGAUGCUGUUCGCCGUCUUCCAGCUACUCGCGCCGCGGCGGGGAGCCGACAGGUCCGCGACGAGGCUCCCACCAAUCACCAACCCACUUCUGAGGGUCCCAGCGAUGCGUCUCGCCCGCAUGAUUCGACGGAGAGAGGUAACCAGUGUGGAGGUAGUACAGGCCUACAUAGACCGCAUCCAACAGAUUAACCCUCUCAUCAAUGCCAUGGUCAAGGACAGGUUUUCCUUGGCCCUGCAGGAGGCAGCCCAGGUGGAUAAGCUGAUAGAGGAGGAGACAGGAGGAGAGGAUGUUCUGGAGGACAGGCUUCCUCUACUGGGGGUCCCUUUCACUGUCAAAGAGGCAUUCUCCCUCCAGGGUAUGCCUAACUCCACAGGGCUGGUGUCACGGCGGGGGGAUUUCGGCAACGGACGCGCCCCGGUGGCUCUGCUGAAGAGGGCAGGGGCCAUUCCUCUGGGGGUGACUAACUGUAGUGAGCUCUGCAUGUGGCUUGAAUCCCAUAACCGCCUGUAUGGAAUCACCAACAACCCAUACGACCUGGAGAGAAUACCAGGGGGAAGCUCCGGAGGGGAGGGCAGUAUUUUGGGGGGCGGCGGUUCAGUGAUAGGGGUUGGCUCAGAUGUUGGGGGCAGUAUUCGCAUCCCAGCAUUCUUCAACGGCAUCUUCGGCCACAAGCCCACAUCAGGUGUAGUAUCUAACGUGGGCCAGUUCCCCCCGGCCUCAGGGCAGCAGCCUGGUUUCCUGUGUACAGGCCCCAUGUGUCGCUAUGCCCAGGACCUGCUGCCCAUGCUCAGAGUUAUGGGAGGAGCCAACGCUGACCGGUUGUCUCUGUCGUCUGAAGUGGAUCUGAAGAGGUUACGGUUUUUCUCUGUUCCUCACGAUGGAGGCUCUCCUCUGGUGUCUCCUGUCGAUCAGCAGCUAGUCGUGGCACAGAGGAGGGUGGUGGAGCGUCUGGAGGCAGACCUGGGGGUCAACGUUCAGCAGCUGAAGAUCCCUCAGCUCAAAUACUCCUUCCAGAUCUGGAGUGCCAUGAUGGGAGCCCCAGGGAAGGAUGGAAAGCAGCCCACGUCAUUUGCAGAGCUGAUGUCUGACCAUGGGAAGAAAGUGUGGCCUCUAUGGGAGAUGGUUAAGUGGACUGUGGGACUCUCCAAGCACACCAUGGCUGCCAUAGGUCUGGUCCUGGUAGAGAUGUUCCAGCGGUCCCAGCCCACCCAGUUCAUCCUGCAGCAGAAGGAGUCUCUCCAGAAGGACCUGGAGGAACUGUUGGGGACAGACGGGGUGCUGCUCUACCCCUCUCACCCCCACCUCGCCCCCAAACACCACCACCCCCUCUUCACCCCCUUCAACUUCUCCUACACUGGUAUCUUUAACAUUCUUGGUCUUCCGGUGACCCAGUGUCCGUUGGGGCUGAGCACGGAGGGUUUACCCUUGGGGCUGCAGCUGGUGGUGGGGAAGCAGCAGGACCGUCUCUCCCUGGCCACCGCUGUGUUCCUGGAGAAGACCUUCGGAGGCUGGAGAGACCCAGGGAGCAUCGCCACUGUCACCACCCAGCUAGAUACCUGCCGCGGGACAGCAACGACCACAUCGUGAGAUGUUUAUUCUGAGAUUGAUGAAAGUCCUAGAAGACAAAAGAAUGUAUGCACAGACACAGAAAGGCACACACUCACACACUGUCCCUUUGCACAUGCUCUCCUGUCAGUCGUCCAGCCUUUUCAUUCAUUCUUUAAGAACAGACUAUCGCUAGGUUACUGAGUCACCCGUCCACUACAGUAUGUCUGUUCUGUCUUCGUCACAAAGUGUCCUAUUCUUGUCCAAAAAGCCUUUAUGUGUCCAAUCGUUGUGUGUUCCUGGGUGUGUCCCAAAUGACUCCCUACAUAGUGCACUACUUUUGACCAGAGCCCUAUGGGCCCUGGUCUAAAGUAGUGUACUAUAUAGGGAAUAGGGUGCCAUUUGGGACGCAGUUUCUGACUGUCCGACGGCUAUAUGUUGCGUCAGGGGGGUUUAGCGUAAUGUCCAAUAAAGGUUUUCUCUAUACACUGUAUUUGUCCACAACUAAAGAGACGUUGGAACCUUAUUGGAGAAUGUAUUAUGAGAAUGUAAUUAUGUAAUGUAUUAUCGUGUAGUCCAUGUUAAAAUGACGGGCAUUGAAGGGUGAUGUGAUAUACAACAUCUCUUAUAUGAUUGGCACUUUUUAAACAAGUUAAAAGCUUAACAUGUAUCUACUGUAUAAAGAAAAGUGCAUAUUGUGAUCAUUUGAAAUAUCUUUGUGAUAAUGUUUCAUAUUAAAUGUCAAUGGUUACUGUCCUACUACAAUUAUGCCAGAACAAAUAUUAUAAUAAAAUGCACAUUAUACUGA